AUGCCGGGAUCAUCCAACCGAGACUCGCAUCCUCGGUUGUCGUCCGCCGACAUCGUCGCGGUGACGACCGAGAUGCGGCUGCGCCAACAGGGGAGGAAGAAUCGAACCACCAAAGGCAAGGAUGAAACGGACGACGCCAAGCGAGAGCUCGUCAUGACGGAGCACAAGCAGAGCCCCGCCGAGAUCUUCGCGGAUCUCGGGUCCGAUCCUGUCAAUGGUAUGACCACCCACGACGUCCAGGGGCGCCAGGAGGCCGAGGGCUUGAACCGACUGACGCCUCCGAAACAAACCCCGGAGAUCGUCAAGUACAUUCGCGAGCUGACGGGCCUGUUCAGCAUGCUGCUGUGGGUCGGAGGUGCCUUGUGCAUCCUCAUCUACGGUUUGCAGGGCGACCCCAACAACUUGUACCUCGGCAUCGUGCUGUUCUUGGUCGUGGUCAUCACGGGCACGUUCUCGUACUUCCAGAACGCCAAGUCGUCCAACCUCAUGGAGUCGUUCAAGCAAAUGAUGCCGACAGUCACGACUGUGAUCCGGGAGGGAAAGUCGCAGAAGAUCGAGGCUUCACAACUCGUUCGAGGUGACAUUAUCCUCCUGAAAGGUGGCGACAAGGUGCCUGCGGAUAUCCGCGUGCUCGAGUGCUCCGAUGAUCUGACGGUGGACAACUCGUGUCUUACUGGAGAGCCGGAACCGCUGAAGCGAAUCCCUGACUGCACGGACGAAAACCCGCUCGAGACCAAGAACUUGUGCUUCUUCGGCACCUUCAUCCCGCAAGGCUCAGGCAAAGGCGUCGUGGUUCGUGUUGGAGACAAAACCGUCAUGGGGCGCAUCGCCAAGCUAGCAACGACAACUGGCCAGAACAUGACCCCCAUCGCGCGCGAGAUCAACCACUUCGUUCACAUCAUUGCGAUUGUCGCCGUGGUGAUCGGAGUUAUCUUCUUCAUCAUCGGCGUCUUCCUCAAGACGGACAUUGUCACGAACGUCGUGUUCAUGAUCGGAAUCAUCGUUGCCAACGUCCCGGAAGGGCUUCUGGCGACGGUGACCGUGUGCUUAAGUCUGGCUGCGAACCGCAUGGCGCACAAGUCAGUGCUGGUCAAGAAUCUUGAGGGUGUUGAAACGCUGGGCUCCACGAGCUGCAUCUGCUCCGACAAGACGGGAACGCUCACGCAGAACGUCAUGACGGUUGCACAUGUGGUGUAUGACAACAAGAUCUUCGAUGCCGAGUGCUCCAUCACGCCUGUGGGGAACUACGACCUGAACUCUCCGUCGUUCAAGGCGCUGCAGCGGUGCGCAACUUUGUGCAACAACGCCGUGUUCGACGAAGACUCCAAGUACGAGAAGGCGGUUGGACCUGACGGGUUGUCUACGCGCGGAAAGCGCAAGCCGUUCAAGGAGAUCGUGUCGAUGGGAAACGGAGCAACCAUGGAGAAGGUGGCGUGGGAAACAAUCGGAGAUGCGUCCGAGUCGGCCAUGAUCAAGUUCUGCCACGACAAGAAGGACAUCAUCGAGUUCCGCGAGGAAAACGCAAAGAUUAAGGAGAUUCCGUUCAAUUCGAAGAACAAGUAUCAGCUCUCUCUACACAAGCAGGACAACGACGACAGCAAUCCCAUUCUAAUGGUUAUGAAGGGAGCCCCUGAGCGAAUUACAGCUCGCUGCGGAACGGUUCUCAUCGGAGGCGAAGAGGUCGAGAUGACGCCGGAACGUCUUGCCGAAGUGGAGGCAGCCCAGCUAGUGCUGUCCAAGAAGGGCAUGCGUGUUCUUGGUUUCGCGCAGAAGAUACUUAACCCCGGCGUAUACCCGGCCCACUACGAGUUCAGCACCGACAACCCCAACUUCCCGCUUGGCGAGAAGGACGUCGACUAUGAGGCGACACCGCAGCCCGAUCCUAAGGUGGAGGAACCCUUGUGCUUCAUCGGAUUGAUGGCACUGAUCGACCCACCCCGCCCCGAAGUCCCAAUUGCCGUGGCGAAGUGCAAGACUGCUGGGAUUCGUGUGAUCAUGGUCACCGGUGACCACCCGAUCACGGCAAAGGCCAUUGCGCACAAGGUCGGAAUUCUGUGGGGACCUACCUGCGAGGACAUUGAAGAGGAAAACAAGGAGCGCGGGCUCCAGCCAGGCGACAGCGGGUGGAUCGAUCCGAACACUGCUCCAGCCAUUGUCGUCCCCGGAUGGACAAUCAGUUUGGAUACCCCGGUGGAGGAAUGGGACCGCAUCUUGGACCACCGACAGAUUGUGUUCGCCCGAACGUCGCCGCAGCAGAAGCUGAUCAUCGUCGAGAACUGCCAGCGCCGGAAGGAGAUUGUUGCCGUGACCGGUGACGGUGUGAAUGACUCACCUGCACUGAAGAAGGCUGACAUCGGUAUCGCUAUGGGAAUCAUGGGUUCUGCUGUAUCGAAGGAAGCUGCCGAUAUGAUCUUGCUCGACGAUAACUUCGCCUCGAUCGUGUGCGGUGUUGAGGAAGGACGCAUUAUCUUUGACAACUUGAAGAAGUCGAUCGCCUACGCUUUGGCUGCCAAUAUCCCGGAGCUGGUACCCUUCUUGCUGUACGCCACUGUCCGUCUGCCACUGCCUCUAACCACCGUGCUCAUGCUGCUGAUCUGUCUUGGCACGGAUAUGAUCCCUUCAAUCGCCAUGGCUUACGAGGGCGCGGAGAACGACAUCAUGUUACGAGCCCCUCGAAAUGCUGAAACAGAGCACCUCGUCACCAAAAAGUUGGUCUUCUUCGCGUACGCCAUGGUUGGCAUUAUCGAGGCUGGCGCUGGCAUGUUCACGUUCUUGGCCGUGAUGAACGACUACGGCUACCCACCGAGGGUCUUGCCCAACCUCGGAUACUACGAUCGCUUCGGGAAGCAGGUGAUCUGGUGCCAGACUGAAGGCGGCCGCUAUUGCACUGCCGGAGGCAAGUACAAAAAGGAUGGCAAGCUCAUUCCUCUGGGACAGAUCUAUGGCCCGGCGAAUGAUGGAGCUCCGGAUUGCCAGGACGACUACAACGACACCAUUCCUGCGGGAGGUGAUUUCUUCGAUACAUACAUUUUCUACGAGCCCGCCGGAGGAGGCAAGGUGAUCGACUGCCAGUUCCCGCUCCAGAACCUUGACACCGACGGCUCGAAGCCUGAUGGCUAUAAACGCUCCAAGCCGUCGACUUACGCAGACUACACGCCGACCCCGUUCGUCACUAUCCAGUCCAUGGAGGCGGCAUACUCCCUCGGCUAUCGCCCGUACUAUCCGAUGGCAGCUCGACGCUCUUCCUUCUUCGACAUGGAGUGGUUUGCCUAUGACACUACCAAGACUGACGUCCCGGGGCUGGUGUCGAGUAUUUCUGUGGAAAUCUUUAGCUCCUUCCAGCCGUUGACUGUGUGGGCAAUCACCGACGAAAGCCAGACUGGAGGAGCCGUGUCCGCUCUGAGUGGAGCUCAAGAUGCCUUUGGUGAAACAGAAGUGACUGCCGUGGACUCGACUGGCCAGCAGACCAAGUCCACGUUCCUGCUGUCGCCCUCACACUCGUACAAGGUAGGCAAGAGCUUCGAGAAGAUCAAGUUUGGUAAUGGCUCCGACCCGUGCACAGGAGCGGACUGCCUGCUCAACUACCGCGCUGGGUUCUCUUACCGCGACGGCGACAAGGCGUAUGUGAACAUCAUGUCGCGCAUGAUGCAGUACAGCGCGCUGUCGAUCGCCCAGACGGCGUUCUUCGUCGCUAUCGUGGAGAUGCAGUGGGCCAACGUCAUGAUCUGCAAGACGCGCUACCUGUCCAUCGUCUCCCAGGGAAUGUACAACAGCGUGCUUAACUUCGGCCUCAUGUUCGAGUUCAUGCUGAGUGCCGUGAUCGCGUACGCUGGCUUCACGCACGUGGUCUUGGGCACAAUGAGCGUGCGCCUGGUGCAUUGGUUCCCGGCACUGCCGUUUUCCAUUUUCCUCUUUCUGCUGGACGAGGGCCGCAAGUUCCUCAUGCGCUCCACUUCUCGCAGCGUCAUCCGCAAGGACACGGGCCAGAUGGUCCGCUACCCUGGUUGGCUCGAGGUCAACACGUACUAUUAG